AUGUUAGAAAUACGAAAAGACGCCGAAUUCCAGUUCAACGUAUACCUCACUGUUCAGUUCAUUAUAACCAUUGUAAGCAUCAUUUUAACAAUAUGGUAUAUAGUAUGUAUCGAAAACAUGACAUUCAAAAUUGCUAAUAAUGCUGUUAUAAUAAAAUCCAAGUCCAAAGAGUUGGCUGCAGAAAAGUCAGUAACAGAAAGCCUCCAAUACCAAAUGUUACCGAAGAAAAUCGUCAUAGCGUUAAAGGAAGCACAAGCGGUUACAUCUGAAAACUUUGAAUACGUAACCAUUUUCAUCAGCGACAUUGUAAAUUUUACUGAGAUUGGAACAAGGAAUUCAGCAAGAGGGAUCAUCGACUUACUUAAUCAUUUAUAUGCGUUAUUUGACAAACAGACAAAGAAGUACGAGGUCCUCAAAAUAGAGACCAUGGGAGACUCCUACAUGGUAGCUAGUGGAGUUCCGGAUCAAAAUGGCAUAGCACAUGCUUUCCAUAUUUGCAAGUUUGCCCUUGACAUUCAUAACAUUAUGAAAGGAUAUCGUGUUCCAACAACAUUUGAAAGAAAAGAAUCAAUUAAAAUUCGUAUUGGAAUUCAUUCAGGUCCCUGUACAGCUGGAGUCCUUGGUCUGAAGAUGCCAAGAUAUUGUUUAUUCGGACAAACAGUUAACACGGCGAAAACAUUAAAAUCUACCGGAAGAGGAGGUAAAAUUCAUAUAAGCAACAGUACGUACCAAAUGAUUAAAGAUUCUGGACAUUUUGCAGUUUUGGAAAGAGGGAAUGUCAUGAUCAAAGGUAAUGGGGCAAUAAAGACGUACUGGCUGGACACAGCAGUUCAAAUAUCAAGACCUAGUUAUAAUUGA